AUGGCGGCCGAUGGUGCAGCGAUUUCUCUGAAGAGUACGAUUCAGCAUAUCCUACAAUCAUCUCGCAUUUCGCUGGUUCCUCCAUCUCCACAAAUCUUACAACCGGCCUACGAUGCCAUGGCUCGGUUGCAGGAAGUUCUGCUUAAAUUGGACGAGACGGGCUACAGCAAAAUCAGGACGGAGGUGAAUGAUUUGGAUGACCGAAUCAAAGAGGUCAUAUGGGAAUUCGAAGAUUUACUCGAAUCCAAUUUCUAUAAUCAGAUUCUUCCACAGCUUGAAAGCGAGAGAGAUCACUUGUCUUUCUCUUUAGAUCUGCAGAGUCUGCGACAGAGUGUUGAUGGCUUUGUCGAGAGGGUGACAGCGAUGGAGGCGGAAUACGAUGUUGAGCUGCUGAAUAUGCCUGAAGAAGAAGGUGAACCUAUGUCCUCAAGAAUUGAUUAUGGUGGAAUCAACUCAGAGAUGGUUGGAUCAUAUGAUGAAUUUGAGCAAGCCAGAGAUCACAUGCUUGCAGAAGAUGAAAAGAAAUGGUUAUCAGUUAUUGGGAUGGCAGGGGUUGGAAAGACAACUCUUGCUAAGAAAGUAUUUGAUGAUCCAAUGAUUCAGAGACAUUUUGAGAAUCGAGCAUGGGUCAAAGUGGGUCCAAUGAAACAUUACGUUGCAUUCUGGCUCAAGUGGAUCCCAAUAGUCUCGACGAAAUGCUUAGCCAAGGAGACGAUGGUGAUGGAUAUCUUGCUAGAAGGGAAUGUCCGAAUCUUGCUAACAAGCAGGCAAAUAAUUGAAGAAUCUUCAAUUCUUCGAGUAGCAUUGUUGGAUGAAGAAGAAAGUAAGAAAUUACUUGGUGAGAAGGUAUUCGGUGAAAAUGGCUUCCCUCCUCACCUUGAGAAAUUGGGAGAAAAGAUUGCAAAAAAAUGCGAAGGUCUUCCACUUAUGAUAGUCAUAGUUGCAGAGCUCCUAUCCAAAGAAGAUAAGACCUCGGAAUUCUGGAUGGAGGUAGCUGAAAAGCAACAUAGCGAAGUAUUCAAGGAUGCAUAUAACCAAACAUCAAAGAUCAACGUCGGUUGUGUGCUCAUUGCAACACCGUAUUUGCCUUCGAACAAGUGUGCGAUUCAAUCAAAGAUGAUUGUGCAUCCACCGCCCGUUCUCUCCUAUGUUUGGGCCCUUACCACCAAUACCCAGUGCCAAUACAUGCCAUGCAUUUUAAGUUACUCAGGUGCGAGUGCAAAGAGUUGCACUAGAGAAAUUCUCCAAAAAAUCCCUAAUUUAGAGGGAUUAGAAAUUCAGAUAGAGUUAAAGCCUUAUGAUGACGAUGAUGAUGGCCGCCCGUUGAGUGGUUUGGGGUAUAUCUCAGAGGAACUCAAGAAUUUGAACCUACUUACAUGCCAUAUACUAAACCCUGAUAUGAAGUAUGAGUAUUUGGUCCCACUUUCAAUGUUCUCAUCAAGUGUGACAAUAUUGCGGUUGAGUGGCUUAGGGUGUCCAUGGAAGCACAUUAAUGACAUUGGUUCACUGCUACCAAGUCUUACAAACCUUGUGUUAACACACUAUGCCUUUCGGGGUGCAGAGUGGGAUAUAGAAUCGGGGCAUUUUUUGAAACUUGAGACACUUGUAAUUGAAGACACCGAUUUGGUGCGAUGGAGAGCUCAACAUGGAAGUCUGCCAUUGCUUAAGCUCCUAAGCAUGCGACAUUGCUACAAAUUACGACAGCUCAAAUGGAGGCAUGAUUCUUCUAUAGUCACAACAUGCGCAAUUGAGUUAGUUGAGUGCAAUCCCUUAGCUGUCGCUUCUGCCAUGCAAUUAAGACCGAAGUCUCACUUCAAAGUUCGCUACUACUCUUCUUUUUGA